AUGACAACAUCUAAAGUAAAUACUAAUCCAACGACAAUAUCAAAAAUUGAAACAACAUCAAAUCUUAAUCCAUAUAAUCGUGAUGUUCAACAACGAAUUAAUUCAUCAAAACGUACAACAACAAUGGUCAAUAAUAUUGAUCAAUUAAUAGAUAAUAAUAAUACAACAGUUUUACAUCAAUCAAAAACUCAUCAUUCAUCUAGAUUAACUAAACAAAAAGAUAAAUGUGAAAAUUCCAAUAUAAUAUCAUCAAAACCAGAAAGUGCAAGUGAAGAAGUCUAUACAGCUCCAUCAACAGCUGAAGAUAUAAGAAUAUCAUCAUCGAUUAAAUCAAAACAACAAUCUAGACAAGAACUAGGUGAUUAUAGACGAAAAGAUCCUAAUGAAGAUGCAGAUGAAGAAUCUACAACUGUUUGUGCUAUUAUGAGAAAAAAUAAAAUACAUAAUGAACAUAUUAAUCCAUUAUCAAUACCAUCAAAUAAUUCUGCUAUUCAUCUUCAACAACAAGGCAUGGGUGAUCAUUAUCAUACAAGUACAAGACAACAAAAAACUAGAAGUAAAACAACUGGAUUAUUAAAUCGAAGAUAUCAUCGAUUAAUUGAACAACAAGAUCUUGAAACAUCAUUAGAUGAAAGACAUACAUAUCGUUGGCGUAUAUUUAUGUAUAUAAUCAUUAUACUUGUAUUAGUUUUUGUUAUCUAUCGAUUCUUACUUGCCAUAUGGCCUAAACGUAAAAAGACAUUUAUGGAACAAUUCAUUGAUGAAUUAUCCACUUUUUUUACACCUUGA